AUGGCAUCCGACGACGGGCCCACGAGUGCAGACCACGAUGAGAUCGACACCGGCACUGAAAUCGACACCGACACCGAAAUCGACAUCAACGCAACCAUGCCUCGUCUGCCACUCCUCGACCGCGUCAAGUUCGCGGUUCUGGCCGUAGUGAUGCAGCUCGGCGUGCGAGUGCUACAACGCCUCAUGCGCGCCGUGCUAGACUUCGUCUCGCCAGCAGCGCGCGCGACGCGGCCGACGCUGGUCAAGCGCUACGCCGUGCGCAAUGCGCUGCCCGUGCGCAUCUUCAUCCCCGAAUCCCUCACCCAGUCCAGCACCAGCAAUCUCCCCGUCCUCCUCACGAUCCACGGCGGCGGGUUCGUGAUGGGCGCGCCGGCCGAUGACGACGCGUGGAACCGCGCGUUCGCGGACGAGCACGGCGUCGUCGUCGUGGCGCUCAACUACUCCAAAGCGCCGUGGUCCGCGUUCCCCGCGCCCGUGCACGACAUCGCCGCGCUCGUCGGCUGCGUGCUGUCGGACAGCAGCCUGCCGAUCGACAGCGCGCGCGCCGCGCUGGCCGGGUUCUCCGCCGGCGGCAACCUGGCGCUGUCGGCGGCCGCACUGCCGGGCGUGCGCGCGCGCGUGAAGGCCGUGGUGCCCGUGUAUCCGUGCGCGGACUGGGUGCCGCGGGCCGCGGUGAAGGCGACGACGCGGCGGUACAAGGCCGCGUUGGGCGGGUUCCGCGGGCGGGCCGACGACUACCUGCUGCCGGCGGUCGGCGUGUUCCAGUGGGCGUAUCUGCGGGCGGGCCAGCCGCUGGCGGACGGGGUGCUGAGCCCGGCGCGCGGGCCGCGCGGCGCGCUGCCGGGGAGCGUGUUUGUCGUCGCGUGCGAGCUGGACAUGCUCGCCGGCGAGGCGUGGCGGCUGGCGUGCGGGCUGGCGGGGCGCGCGGUGCCGGCGGUCAGGGCCGAGGUUGGGCAGGAGGCGGUGACGGCGGGGCAUGGGGAGCUGAUUCUGGAUGACGAGCGGUUUGCGUUUGAGGACGUGGUUGAGCAAGAGGGUGGUGUCGGCAGGUACCGCUGGCUCCUGGUGCCGGACGUCGUGCACGGGUUCGACCACGAGGACACGAAAUUCUUGGUCAGGGACGAGGUCGCCAUGGACGACGCGCGCAUCAAGACGGCCAAGGUCAGAACCAUGAUCGGCAGGUGGCUGCUGGACGGGCCGCUUGGCGGGAAUGCCUAG